AAGAGACAUUACACUGGCCAAUCGGUGCGUUUAAAGUUGUGGGACAAACUAUUUUCAAUAAUGGCAACGAGUUGAAGAGAAAAGGACGGAGCUUUUUCGGCAGUCAUCUAAGGAUUUACAAAUAUGGGGUUUGCAGUACCUUUUGUAUUAUUGGUUUCUUUCUUUACAGUCUUGGCUUCUGCUUUUCUGAAUAUUGAUGAACUGAACGAAAUGAAGUAUGGUAUCGAGAUAUUUUCUGAGCCGGUUAUUAAAGGGCAGAGUAAAUCUAAUGAUGUCGUCAUGGUGUCAUCAAAGUACAGGCAGGAGUAUGAAUGCAGAUUACCAGCUCAAGCUGUAAAAUUCCACCAGGUUGUAGACGAAGACUCAGAAAGUUAUUCUGGACAGGAGAUCUCAGAUUUGCUUCGACCUAUGAGUCCUGCACCUUGUCUUGUAAAGACAAAAGACUGGUGGACAUACGAGUUUUGCUAUGGAAAGCAUGUGAAGCAGUAUCACCUGGAAGAUUCAGAAGUUAAAGGUGAUACAAUAUACCUUGGUUACUAUGAGUCAGAAUUUGACUGGAACAAUGAAACUGCAAAGGCAUCAAAACAACAUAGACUGAAACGGUAUCAUAGCCAGGCUUACAGUAAUGGAUCAAAGUGCGACUUGAAUGGAAGAGCUCGAGAAGCAGAAGUGAGGUUUAUGUGUGAGGAAGGCUCUGGAGAUUACAUAGCUCGGGUAGAUGAACCACAGUCUUGUUCUUAUGUUGUCACAGUGCAUACCACUCGCAUCUGCCACCAUCCUUACCUACGACCUCCGUCUGCUACAAAGCCUCAGCCUAUCAAAUGUUACCCUGCUCUCAGUCCAGAGCAGUAUGUGGAGUAUGUUCAUAUGCAAGUCUCUGAUACUAAACGUAAAGUAGAGCAGAUAUCUGAAGAAUUGAAGACCUUAGAUGAGAUGUUGGUGAAGGACCAGAAUUUGGGUGGUGAUAGCCAACCAUUUGCAACUCAAGAACAGUCUAUAACAGAGGCACACAAUGGAGAUGAGGAGAUACUAAAGCUUGAAGAAUCCUAUGAAACCAAUGUAGACACAUCAGAGAAUGAAGAAGAAAUGGGUCUGGAGAGUAGUGAUGUUGAUUAUAGCAGUUGGGAUGAACCACCAGUGAAACCAGAUCUUGAGAAUGUUGAUGCAUUAAAUGAAGAAGAAGUUCAGGUUGAAGAUCCUCUUGAAUCAUUAUCUUUAAAUAAUGAUGAAGAAGCAGAAGGCUUUGGACAGGAAAAGUUUAACUUCAAGGUUAUUAGAGGCCCAGAUGAUCUUGUUAAAUUUAUCCAGGAGCUGAAAGAAACCGCAAACAAGAAGUCAAAAAAAGAUGGUGCGGCUAGUGAUGCUGCAACAUUUGAGGGAACACCUUCUGCAGACACUUCACAGGAGAAGCAAAACCAGGAGUUACAUGAUGGUGAGGAAGGUGAAGGCAGUGAUGCUGAAGAUGCUGCUCUUAUCAAUGAAUUUGAAAAAGAGUUGCAAGAUGUCCAUUUGCCAAAAUCUGAGAUCUCUAGAAUCCAGCACGAUGUAAAAGCACAAAUGGAAAAAGAGUUUGAUAAUAUUAUUGACGAGGCCCAGGAAGAGCUUCAAGCAGAGGGUCUGAAAGGGGAAUAUGAUCGAAAUCAAGCUUCAAAAAGUCUUGCAUCUACAUUAAAUAGGUUGAUUGAUAAACUGGAUAAGAAGGAGGUGGACAAUAGAGAAGAGGAAGAGGAGGAUCCAACCAGAGGAAGCCCUGGUCGUUUACCAAAACAGAGAAGUGAUGGAGACACUGAAAAUCGUGUUAAAAUCAGAGUAACUAGAAUUAAGCCAGGCAGCGCCCUGCAGAAAGAAAUGAAGGUGAGAGAAAUGAGCGGUGAGGAACCUCAUCUCCGGCAAAUUGAGAAAGUGGUUAAAGAGCAGCUGGAAAAAUCUGGACUGAAAGCCGAAGGUAAAAUUGAAGUAAAGAUCAUAACAACUGGUUCAUUUGGAGAUGAAGAAGAUUUUCACUGGCUAUCUGAUGAGGAGACAAAGUCAUUCAAGGAACUUUUAAUUAAUUUAUUGACUGGAGGCACUGAAGAGGCUUAUAAAGAGCGACAGAGGCAACAGCGAAUGGAAGAUAAUUACCGUUUUGUAUGGGGAAAGAACCAGGAAGAGGCACAGUCUCCUAGCAGCACAGAUUCUGAUGAAAUGGACUUCUAAAAAUAGAAUUAAAAGCAUUUGUAUCUCCUGUACAGUGCCAGUGAAACAGACUUUAUCACUGCUGUUUUUAAGCAGUGUGGCCUGCAGCAUACUAGGGUACAUUUUUUCAGCCUCACAUCAUUUUUCUGUCUUAAAGUUUACUGGUUCUCUGCAUUCUCAGCAAAGUGCUAGCAAUGUUACAAACCACAACUGAUUUAUGAUGAAAAAAAAAUAUUCUAAUUGUCAAGGCCUGCAAAACUACACAAGUACUAUUUUGAAUAGUCUGUUUCAUACUGCUAGCAUUUUGCUUUUGCUUCAUCCAAAGUAAGUAAAGAGUUUUAAUAAAUUUCAUGUUGGCUCAUU